AAUGUUCUUUGUUUAUUUUGCAUCUUUAAUAUAUCUUUUAGCAGCUCAAGGAGAAGAAGAAUCUAUUGAGGACGAUGAAUUUUUAAAGCCUCCACCUGAUGACGAGGGUUCAUUAGCACAUCCAUUACAUAGAACUUAUUUAUAAGAUUCAUAUUGUAUGGAUGGGACACAAGCAGCUGCUUAUGUUUAUGAAGGUAGCACUGAUGAUUUAAUAAUGUAUUUCUAUUCUGGAGGAAUUUGUGUAGAGGAUAGCACUAAAUUCCUUAAAUAUGGAGAUUACGUUUAUAUUGAUAAUUGCACUCAUAGAAAUACUACAUUUUAUGGGACUACUAAUGGAUAUCCAGAAGAAUUCAAUGCUAAUUAAGGUUUAAUGGGAAAUAAUAAAUAUUAGAAUGUUCAUCUUAGAAAAGCUCACAAAAUGUUCUUAAUGUAUUGUGAUGGUAAUAUGUGGUAUAAACAAAUGAAUGCUUAAGUCUUUAAAGGAGCAUUAUCAUAAAUGAAGUUAAUUCCUAAAAGAAUAAUAUUAGCAGGAUCAGGUGUAGGAGGAUGGUAUUUAGUAAAUAAAUAUAAUGAAUUAAGAACAGUCAUUAAAGAAUUUUAUUAAGAAGAUGUUGAUUUAAGAAUACUUUUAGAUAGUGUUAUUUUUGAUAUUUCUAGAAAUUAAGAUAUUAUAGAUGCAUAUACUGAGGCUACAAAGAGAGUAGGUUUAACAAUGGAUGAUAUUUUCUCUUUUGAUGCAUUACGAAAGGUAGAUGUUCCAACUUUUAUUGUACAUGCUCAAUAUGAUUGGUGGCAAUUAGAAAUUAGUGAUGGUUUUGAUUGCAUAGGUAAAAUUCAUUUAGAUAAAUGUACUCCAAAAGAAAAGAAAUAGAUAGAAAAGAUUAGAUUAGGCAUAUUAUAAUAAUUGAAAGAUUUGAUGAAAGCUAAACCAGAUUGGGGAUUAUGGGCAAUAAGUUGUGUAUUUAAUGAAUUGAUUAUAUGGACUGAAGCAUGGAAUCAUCCAAAAUUCUAAGUUCCUAUGAUAGAUGGUGGAAAACUUUCUGAUAAAUUUUAAGAGUAAAAAAUAUUAGCUUAUUUUUUUAGUUGGCUAGAAAAUAGAGGAGAUAAUCAUGUACAUUAUGAUAUUGUAUCAUGGCCAGAUAAUAAACCAUGUAGUAAUAUCUUUCAUAAUGGUAAGACUGAUCCAUAAUUGGAUGAUAUGAUUAGGAAUUAUGAGAUUAAGGAAUCAAGGAGAAAGAGAGAAGAAAAAUAUGAUUUAUGAA